AUGGCGGCUACAUCUUCCCCGCUGGCGACUACGUCCUUUAUUCUCGGAACCGUCACCUUCGGCGGCGGUGCCAUUGGCUUUGCCAGAACUGGCUCUGUUCCCUCAAUUGCCGCUGGCUCGCUGGUUGGCAUCUUGUAUGGCGUCGGCGGAUAUCGCACUGCCACUAAUGCCAGUUACGGCGUAGAACUUAGCUUUCUCGCCUCCGCCAUCCUGGGAUUUUCAUCGAUCCCUAGAGCAAUCCGCGGCAGGAAGCCCGUUCCUAUUGUGCUCAGCGUUAUAUCACUCUUUGGCCUCUACACCUUUGGCAAUGCGCUGCGCCAGGCUUAA